AUGAACAUCAAGCCAGAGUCCCUUAGCCUCGUUGACUCUUCUCUCCUGGAGAAGAUCGAUGCCCUCUUCGCAUGCAACCUCGGCCACGACGUUGACCUCCCACAGCUCAUUGUGGUCGGCCAGCAGUCCAGCGGCAAGAGCUCGGUCCUGGAGGGGCUCACCGGCCUCCCUUUCCCAAGGGACAGCAGCCUCUGCACUCGGUUUGCCACUCAGAUAAUCUUCCGGCGUGCCCCGAGAAAGAGCAUCUCGGCCCGCAUCAUACCAUCCAAAGAUAGUUGCUCUGAACAUCAGAAGAAGAUGAAGCAAUGGCGGAAGGACGAGUUAACGGAGCUUGAUGCAGACUCGUUUGCCGGGAUUAUGCGCGAGGUUAUUGACUUGAUGGGUGUUGGUCCCAAUCAAGAACCAGGAUCGCCUGCUUUUUCCAGAGACGUUCUGGUCCUGGAGAUCGCGGAUCCUACCCAGGAGCAUUUCAGCGUCAUCGACGUCCCAGGCACCUUCAAGAGAACCACGCAGGGCCUGACCACCAAGGAUGACAUCGCUCUUGUCGAUAACAUGGUCAAAGGAUACAUGACCAACCCUCGGUCCGUGAUGCUCACGGUCGUGCCCUGCAACGCCGACAUCGCCACUCAAGAGAUCGUCGAACAGGCUGAGGAUCUUGACCCUUCCGGAGACAGAACUCUCGGUGUGCUGACCAAGCCCGAUCUUGUCGACAAGGGUGCCGAAAACGAUAUCAUUGAACUGAUUGAGGGUAAGCGGCAUAAGCUGAAGCUCGGCUGGCACCUGUUGCGCAAUCCCGGCCAAGCAGAGCUGGUAAGCCAGAGUAAAUCGCGGAACGAACUUGAAGGGGCGUUCUUUAGGAAUGUCGCGCCGUGGAAUAACCUUGAUGGCGAGGUCGUUGGCGUCAAGUCGCUCAGGGAUCGGCUUCAAGGAAUCCUGGCCUCCCACAUUCGAAGAGAAUUCCCAAAGGUCAAGUCUGAUAUCCAAAGCAAGCUGAGGGCGGCUGAAAAGAAACUGAAAGGGUUCGGGCCCGCAAGGCAAGGCCCAAUCCAGCAGAGACAAUACCUGAUGAAGAUCGCCGGGGAGUUUCAGGACAUCGUCUCAUCUGCCAUUGGAGCUCAGUACUCUUCUUCUCCUGAUUUCUUUGAUAAACAUCGCAUUCAUCGGGUAGCGACGAGAGCUAGGCAGCGAGCCGAGGAAUUCGCCAAGCUGAUGACUGAGUCUGGCCAUAAAUUUGAUUUUGAAGAAACUGGUGAUAAAGCAGAUGAGGCUAAGGAGGGUCUCUUGAAGGUGGAGCUGGCCGUGACCACCCGGAGCAUUGUCGAAAGUGAUGAUAUCGAAGACAUCCUUUCCCCAUAUGACGACGUCGAAGAGCCCUAUGACGAGGGCAUUCUUGAUUGGCUGACGGAGGUGUACAAGAGCUCUGUUGGGUUUGAGCUUGGGACUUUCAGCUCAAGCCUUCUGCGUACAACAAUGCAGAAGCAGUCCCAGAAGUGGAAGGAUAUCGCCAAAGGAUAUAUCAGCGAUAUCAUCGCGAUUGCUCACCAAUUCGUCUCGUCCUUGCUCCAGCAUAUCAUCACAGACUCACACGUUCUUGAUGCACUGAGCUCUCGGCUGUCAGACCACCUCAGGGGGAAGUAUUUGGAGGCUUUGGAGAAGACAGACUCUCUUUUGCGUGUCGAGCUUGAGGGUACGCCGGCGACACAUAAUUCCGUUUUUACAGAGACACUUUAUCAAUGCCGGCAACAACGCCAGAAGGCGUUGCUGAAAGAGAAAAUGAUUACAUCAGGGAAGUACGGAGAGGUGAUUCGACUCGAGGAUCUGGUUUCCCAACACCCCCUUCAGAACGGGGAGCAGAUGAUCCAGAAGAUCCACGACAUUCUCAAGUCGUACUACCUGCUCUCUCGUAAGAGGUUCAUUGAUAAUGUUCGUAUGCAGGUGGCGGACGAUCUUCUGGUUACGGGACCAAAUACCCCUUUGAAGAUUUUCUCGUCGGAAUUCGUCUCGGGGAUGACGGAUGAGGAACUUGAUGAUGUGGCGGGCGAGGACCCCAAUGUCAAAUCUAAUAGAGAGGCAGCCCAGGAAAAGAUCAACUUGCUUAAGAAAGCACAGAAGAUUCUCCGUUGA